CUGGCCCCGCCCCCCACGCGCGCAGGACGCGGCCGUUCCCGCUCGGUGCCGCUGCGAUGUCCGGCCCGGCUCCGGAGCCCGACAGCGGGGCAGAGUCCCUCUCCUCCGAUGAAAAAGAAUUGGCAAGAGAAGAGUUAAAUCCCUCCCCAGCUCUCACUCCCUGCCUUUCCCUUGCAGAGGUGACACCCAAUGGCAUGGAGGGAUCGGGAUCGGGAUCGGGAUCGGGAUCGGGAUCGGGAUCGGGAUCGGGAUCGGCUGAGGAGCACCCGGAGGGAGAAGCCAGUUCUGAGGACAGCUCCAGCAGCAGCUCAGAAGAGGAGUCAGAUGAAGAACAGGAGGAGAAGGAAUCCCCACCUUACUGCAAUGAGUCAGGAGAGAGCUGCUUGCCACCCUGUGAGCACUGCAGGAAUGAAAAUGACCAGAAGGAGCAAGUGACCCCCAGGAGACUUGCUGGAGGACAAUUCAUGGUGCAGCUGGACGCGGAGGGCUCCUACCAGUGCAGCAGCACGGGGCUGAUCUUCGAGGUGACGGGCAGGGCCAGGAUCACCUACUCGCUGCUGUCCUGGAGCAAGUACGCCCCGCUGGUGCAGAAGCCGUGGAUCGUGGGCGGGCCGCUGUUCGACGUGCGCUGCUCGGCUCCGGGCGCGCUGCUCUCCAUCCAGUUCCCGCACUGCCUCUGCCUCGGCGGUCACGGGGCCAGCGUGGCUUUCAAGGUGCUGCACAUCAAGGGCGGUGGCGCGGCCAUCGAGCCCUCGGCCGAGUUCUCGGCGUCGCACGUCAAGUGGGUGGUGAGCUCCCUGUCCCCCGUGGGACCCCUGAUCCACAGCCAGGAGCCCCUGCAGUACCACGGGGCUGUCAUCCUCUACAAGGCCAUCGACGAGCACCCCUCCCUGUCCUUCUGGGUCUACCUGGCCACCAACAAUGACUCCUUCAUCAAGGAUAUCUCAAAGGCUGUAAAACACUCGAAAAGGAAAUUUGUUCAAAUUGAAAAGCCCCCUGUAUGCCAAAAAUUGCUGCAGGAAGGAAAGAAGUACAGACUGAUCUGUGAGCCAGAGGCUGAAAUAACUCCUGAGGAGAUUGAGUUUGUUGAUGGGUCACUGCUGAAGCUGAAGAGUUACUUUGAGGUGUAUUUGGAGAAGCCUGAUGACUUCACCCUGUCCCUGGUGGAGCAGGACUCGGAUGAGACUGUCUGGAAAGCCAAGCUGAGGGAGAGGGAUUGGAUCCACUAUGACCAGAACAGGAACGAGCAGAAGAGGAGCACAGGCAGUGUGAAGAGGAGGAAGCCAGCCCUCAGCAUCCUGGAGGAAGAGGGGCUCCACAGCAAAAAGCAAAAAACUGGCGGCACUGCAGAUGGAGUGGGAGCAAAAAGCUUGACAGACCAACAGCUGCUGGUGAUUGCCAAGCUGCUGGACCGGCACUGGAGGGAGAUGGCCAUCGAGUGUCUGCAGAUGGAGAUGAAGGACAUCGAUGACAUCCGGGCCAUGGAGGACAACGUGACCAUGCAGAAACUGCUGGUGCUGAGGAAGUGGAGAGACAGGGAGCAGGGCCAUGGCACUGCAGAGGCUCUGCAGAGGACCCUGGGGGAAAAGGCCACCUACGAGAUCCUGCAGGCAUUGCAAGGUAUCAGCUCCCAGGGAAUGUGAACCCAUCCUGACUCAGCUGGGGUUGGGAAUUCCAUCAGGGAAUUCCAUCAGGGAAUUUACCUGGGGAAAAAAAGCCACCUAUGAGAUCCUGCAGGCACUGCAAGGUAUCAGCAGCUCCUGGGGACUGAGCCCAUCCUGACUCAGCUGGGGUUGGGAAUUCCAUCAGGGAAUUCCAUCAGGGAAUGUACCAAAUCACCACUGCACCAUUUGUUCUGGAGGUCAAACUUGUCUCCUUUCCACUUCCCCAGCAGUGAUUUUAUUUUUUGUGGUGGUUUUAUCCUUCAGGGACUGAUACAAAAGGAACAUUUUUGUCCCAAGUGUGGAGAGCUCUCCCAGCAUGACUGGGUGUCCAAAGCAGUUCUUGGGAUUUCCUGGAAGUCCCGAGAGGAGCUCUUUACUUCAGGAAUGGUUAAUUAAUGGUUAAUUAACACCUUCCCUGAUGGAGGUCUUGGUGGUUCCAUCCCAUGUGGGAUGGGUUUCCCAAGGGAGCUCCCCCUCCUUUCCAUGGAGCUCUUUUGUUCAGUUCACCUUCUGCAAAUCCAAGUUACUCCAGGAGCUGGGAGUUAUCCCUGCCCAUGGCAGGGGUUGGAAUUCAAUGACCUUUAAGGUCCUUUCCAACCCAGACCAUUCCAUAAUUUUAUGAACUCAGCCAGCCAAGGGGAUUUGUCCUCAAAAAUCGAAUUUUUUUUUUUUUUUUUUUUUGCAACAGCAAAACCUUGUUCUUUCUCAAUUCCUUCACUUGGAACAAAAGGAAAUGGCCUCAGGUUGUGCCAGGGGAGGUUCAGACUGGAUAUUGGGAACAUUCCUUCAUGGAAAGGGCUGUCCAGGCCUGGCACAGGCCCCACCAUGGAGGGAUCUGUCACAGCUGUGGAGGUGGCACCUGGGGACGUGGAGCUGUGGUGGCCUGGGCAGUGCUGGGGAAUGGUUGGGCUGGAGGACCUUGGAGGCCUUUUCCAGCCUAAUUCCAUGGUUAAUUCUCCCUGGAAAGAGCCUGGGGAUGCAGGAGAGCUCUCCCUCACAGACUCUGUGCCGCAGCCUUGUCCUGCGUUUAAUACAUUUAUUUUUCAACCUAAAUUUUUAAAUCCAGUUUCUCCCAGUUUAAAUCUUGCAGGAGCUUCAGAGAUCCCACAAUCCAGGUGUGUUUUUCCUUUCCCUCAGGUUCCUGGCUCAGAGCUGAGCCAGCUGGAAGGAGGACGAGGAGGAGGAGGAGGAGGUGGGAGCUUCCCAGUCCAACCAUUCUGCUCCCCUGGGAUCCUGCUGGGGCUCAGGAAUGUUCCUGGUGGGAAGUUCAGGCAGGAUCCUCCAGAGAAACGUGAAUGGAGUUUGGUGUGGGAAGGAGCCACUUCCAAGGCUUUCAGGAGAGGUGGAUCCCAGAAUUCUGGGCUUCACCCCCAGGGAAAGCCCCUCCAGGAGGGCACAAACACUGGAAGAAGCCACUUGAUCUUUUUCAUCGCCUGGAAAAGAUUUUUUAUUUCCUUCAGGGAAAAAUAGGGAGAAGAAUUCCCCUGGAACCUUUCAUCCCUUCCCAAACCCACUGAACUGCCAGAAUCGUGAGGUGCAUUGGAUUUCUCAUGGAUCAGGGAAGAAGAGUCCAAAACUUGUACCAAAUUCCUUGGCAUAAUCACUGUAUCUAUGGAAUUACUGUACAGAUCCCGUGCAUCCAGUCCUCGUUCAGCUGUGGUUCUGCUUCCUGAGAUUCCCAAGGAUGGGAACACCACUGUGAACUCCAGGCAGCUCGGAAUUUCCCCAUGGAAUUUCUUCUCCCCUCUUUUCUGUGUAGCUUGUCUCCGUUUUUUACGUUGUGUAAUUCUUUUUUUUUUUUUUUUUUUGUAUGAGAAACUUUUUAUACUUUUUUUUAGGUUUUUUUUAUACUUGAUUUAUUCGAACUUGGAUAGAAUUUAGGUGCUUAAAAUGUGAGGAGCCGAAAUCCCUGUGCUGCAGGAAUUGGAAAAAAAUGUGGGAAAAAUGGAAUUUGCAGAAGAGAGGAGUGACCAGAUCUAGGAUUGUCUUGUUUUUAAGGCUGUGGGAUGCUUGGGAUCAUCUUCCUCUGUGGAUGUUUGGGAAAGGAAAACAUACUUUUGAAAAACAAGGAUUAAACAGGAAAAAUGUCCUUUA